AUGUUCGUUGCAUUACAGAUGAUUAGAGGAAACUUAGCAGAAGCUACUGCCGAUGAUCUCCUUUCAGACAUGAACUUGGAUACAAAUCACUACAAUGUUGGUAACACAGUAUAUUUGAUCUCCUUUUUGCUAGCCGAGGUUCCCUCACAAAUGAUUUCCAAGGCACUUGGACCAGAUAUCUUCAUUCCGAUCCAAAUUUGCGUGUGGUCGAUAGUUUCUAUGUGCCAGGGUGCAAUGCAUAAUAAUGCCGGCUUUUUGGCUUGCAGAGCUAUUAUUGGUGCCUUCCAGGGUGGAUUUAUCGCCGACAUGGUCUUGUGGCUCUCGUACUUCUAUAAAUCAGGUGAAUUACCACUACGUCUCUCAUGGUUUUGGGCUGCAACUGCAAUUUCGAAAACGUUAACUUCGCUUUUGGCAUUCGUAAUCUUGAGGAUGAGAGGAAUAGGUGGUUUGACUGGUUGGCAGUGGCUUUUCAUUAUCGAAGGUGGUAUCAGUUUGCUCAUUGGUAUCUGGUCCUUCUACCUCAUGGUUCCCUCAGCUGUCCAAACAAAGAACAAAAUGCACCCCAAGGGCUGGUUUACUGAAAGGGAAGAAAAGAUUGUGGUGAACAGAAUCCUUAGAGAUGAUCCUUCAAAGGGUGGAAUGCAUAACAGACAAGCUUUAACACUCAAGAUGAUUUCGGAGGCAUUGUGGGAUUACAAUUUGUGGCCGGUCUACAUGAUUGGUAUCCUUGCCUUCAUUCCUCUUCAUACGGUCUCACCAUACAUGGUUUUGGCCAUGAGAAAUCUUGGAUUCAGCACAUUCGAUGUGAAUUUGUUGACCAUUCCGCUGCAUAUUCUUCAGAUCGUUGGUCUCUUCUUCAUAACAUGGCUCUCGGAGAAGAUUAAUGAGAGAGCACUAUUAUGUCUUUCUAUGCCGUUGUUCAGUAUACCAUUUUUAGCUGCAAUGAGAUGGUGGAGUGGCACAAUGCAAGACGCAUGGGUGACAUGGUUUUUGGUGACUAUGGUAUUGUCGGCUCCAUAUAUUCAUGCAAUUUGUGUUGCUUGGGUGUCAAGAAAUUCUAAUUCUAUCCAAUCCCGUUCAAUUUGUUCGGCCCUUUACAAUAUGUCUGUGCAAGUUGGCAGAAUUGCCGCUUUCAAUAUCUACAGAGAAGACGAUUUACCGAUCUACAGAAGAGGAAACAUGCAGCUCACCUUCAUUAUGGUUGGUUUGAUACCAAUAAUUUUGUUGACUAAAUGUUACUAUGUUUGGAGAAAUAAGGUAAAGGAGAGAAAAUGGAGUGCAAUGACCGUUGAAGAGCAACAGCAGUACAUAACUGAGACUAAGGAUGUGGGAAACAAACGUCUUGACUUCCGGUUUGAUCAUUAA